UCCUACACUGUCACGCGCAUGAUAAGGGUAUAGGCUCGCCUUCUUCCAGACUCGUCAUUUCAGACAAACAGCGAACAUGGCGGGUCUAAUGGCAAAGAAGUGCAUCACCCCGCUUGUUGUGAUCAGAAGGAUCACUUCCCCGGAAUAUACGGUCCAAGCCGCCUACCACAAGAAGGUCAAAUAACCUGUAUAGCUAGCUGUGUUUGAUGGCUGAUAAAUUAAGCCACGUGUCACUGUUUAGGUCGUAAACUCAUUCAAUGUGAAUGGCUUGCUAGCUUGUUUUGACAACUAACUUAGGCUAACGUUAGCUAGUUGCUAUGUAAGCUUGUCUAGAAGUAAAUUUAGCAUUGAAUAUCUAGUAAUGUAUUUGUUUAGAUGUUUCUCUUAGAGUAUCUAGUUGAAAUAUUUUAAAAUAGAGGUCGAAGUAGCUAGCUUAGCUAACAACAUGCGUCACAUGCCUUGCCUAGUUAGCUAGCGUAUAUCUAUCUAGCUAACAUAUUAGAUAAUGUUCUUUCUGAAAAAUACAAUUUUUCGGGCAAUGCAAUUUUAAUCUCCAGCUGUAUCUCGGUUGAUGCAGGUCCUACUGAUGUAGCUAGCUAUACCUGAAGGUUAAUAUGUUCCUUCCUCAGCUGUUUUAGCGAAUUCCAUAAAUUAGCUGUUUGGUAACACUAACGCUACAGGUGACAGUCAGUGCUCUGAAGCAGCAUAGUGGUAGCACCAGUGUACUACCUGCCCUGGCAAUAUACGCAGUUUAAUUGAUUCUGGAUUUUUCUACAGAACGUGUGAAAUAAGAUCACAUUUCCACAGUAACUCUCGGUUUCUGUUGAACCUGUAUUAUAUACAUGUGUUAGAGAACACAAUAACCUAUAGAUUAUGCCAUCUAUUUGGUGGAAUUGUCCAUUUGGAUUUAGGCUAACAUUUCAUCACUAAUUCUGAACAGCCUACAAUAAUGUUUACAAAGCCUUCUUUGGCCAAAAGGAACAUGAGGUUGGUCAUUUAAGGCUGCUCCCACAGUUAUGAGAUUUAGGCAAGUCAAUAAAACAACUGUUAUCAGUACCAACUGGCCCCUAACAAACUCACCAAAUAUUUAGGAUAGUCAGACACAAAGCAUUGUUCAAUAGUGCGCAGAGAAUGACUCUGCAUCAUGGCGAUUACAUCUGGGGGGAGGGAGGUUGCAGCAAGAAGUACUACAGUUGUGGACAGUGGAGCCCUGUCCUAAUCUGUUUAUUUUAAUUUUCCUUGUGUAACGUUGAAACUCCCCCUUACAUAACGGGAAUGCAAGAGCCCUCUCAGCCUUGAGGCUGCUUUUUUGGGAGACAGUCAGAAUGAAUUUAAGGAUGAUAUUAUGUGAAUGUUUGUAGCUAUGCAGCAGAGAAUAUUACCAUGAUGGGGACAUUAUAAACUUGAGUUAAGUGGAAACGACAGUUCUUCAAUAUGUUUUUGUCUCCUUGUUGCCAUGUUUAGGUAGUGGACCACUAUGAGAACCCAAGGAAUGUUGGAUCCCUGGACAAGACCUCCAAAAAUGUGGGAACAGGCUUGGUGGGAGCCCCAGCUUGUGGAGAUGUGAUGAAGCUUCAGGUAUGUUGGUCCCCUGUCCUCAUUACUCCCUCUGUCUCACCAUGGCAACCUCACAGGAACCUCAGAUGGCCUGGGAUUUUGAAUGAGGUCACCAUGUCUUGGUUGUGUUCCAAAGAAGCAGAUAACAGCACAGAUAGGAUUUAGCAAGAAGCAGCGUGCUCUGUUUAUUUAGUUACCAAGUAUGUAUUUAGUAAUGUUACAACAUUGUUUAUUUAUUCAAUUAUGUGGACAAAAGACACUGUUGCAUAAAGUGACUCAUCUACAGAUUGAGGUGGAUGAUCAGGGGAAGAUUGUGGACGCCAGGUUCAAGACGUUCGGCUGCGGCUCAGCCAUCGCCUCCAGCUCCCUGGUAACGGAGUGGGUGAAGGGCAAAUCUGUGAGUGAACAUUCUGCAUCCAUGACACUUCCUCUGCUUCCUGUUUUACUGUUCUGUUUGAAUGUUGUUGCUCUGUUUUGUAUUUCUCAAUUCAAGUCAUUUCCACCACGGUUUGUUUUUUCCUUUCAUUACAUAUCAUGGAUGGAUCGAGUUUAUUUAUUGGUUGGUGGACGUUGCCCUCUUUUUGGCUUUCAGAUUAACGAAGCACUGACAAUAAAGAACACGGACAUUGCCAAAGAGCUCAGUCUUCCACCGGUCAAACUUCACUGCUCCAGUAAGCCCUUAUUUCAGUCUAAUAUCUAAUACUGUUCUGCCCCGUCUAACAAGUUGAAGUUCUAAACCAUACGUGCCUUUUUAACAUCUUUUACAACUAUUUGAAAUUCUUGCCUUUUUCUCCAGUGCUGGCAGAGGAUGCCAUCAAAGCUGCCCUGCAUGACUACCGUCUCAAACAGCAGGAUGGCAAGAUUGAGGCUGUCAAAGCCAGCAACUAAGGGAGGGCUCUCCCAUGUAGUCCUGGACACCCCUGUCCUGCACCCUACUGCCAAGGGGACACUCAAAUGUAGUCCUGGCUACCCACUCCUCCAUCCUUCUAUAUAUGAGUCCAGGUUAUGUCCCCCCAUACAACGUACAUAGAUAACACAGUAUACACACCAGGCCCCUGUGGCAAUCUGUGGUUUCCCAAUCUUUACUCUGUAGCCUGUCACGUUAACGCACAAUUUAAGGGCACUGAUCGGGUGAUUGGUACAAAGUAAGCCUUAUUUUCAGGAGUGAGAAAUGCGAGGUGAGCCGAGAAGUUUGCUUUGUUUUUAUUAGCUUUAUUUUGUCAUGGUUUGGGGGUAUUUUCCAUUGGGAAAUGAUUCUGUAUGCAGUGGUGGAAGUAUUGAAUAAGACUUCUAAAGGUAUCCCAUCAACACCCAUGUAGUACAAAUGUUUGGAAAGGCGAUGAUGAAAUGCAAGUCGGAAGAUGUAAAAUGGUAGCAAACUGUUAAGGUAUCUAUUUGGAUUCUUUAGUGACAUUUCAGACUUUUUAUUUUAUUUAACCUUUAUUUAACUUGGCAAGUCAGUUAAGAACAAAUUCAUAUUUACAAUGACAGCCUACCAGAAGGCAAAAGGCUUCCUGGUUGUAAUGCAAAUUUAAUAAAGUAGUACGUGUAUUUAGUAUGUUAUCUGUUUAUUUUUAGUCAUGCAAAGUCUCUGUAAUCAGCUUUGAGGUAUUUGUUAGCGGUGUGCAGACUACCAGAAACUAGAGCAGUGCUUUUAUUCUCCACUAGAUGGCAUCAUUGGCAUACUUUAUCCAGAGCCAUGUAAAUACAUUCUGACUUCAUCCAUAAAUUCAGAUAGUGGUUCUGCUUUUAUCAAAUACCAACUCAAACACACAACACAUUUUAGAAUGCUGCUCUCUUUACUGUCUUCACAAAUUCUACUGUAUUCAACCAAAGAACACUAUGAAAAUUAAGAAACCAGAACACCACAGUUUACUCUCCAUUAGUCAGCACUUCUUCAAAAAUGCUUGGUUGUGUGC